AUGGAUCCGGUUGCCCCUGUGCAGGAAGAUAUCAGGAGGGUCGGGCGGAAGGAGCUAUACACGGAUUUUGGAAAACGCAUGGAGUAUAUAAAGACGUUCCUGGAUUUCACAGACGACGACGUCGUAAUAUUUAAUAAAGGCUCAAAAUACCUGAAAACAGUUAUUCCGGAGCUCACCCAUCGUCUCUACGAGAAGAUGCUGGAAUUCGAUAUCACAGCCCGUGCGCUCCGCACUCGAAGUACUACGUCCGAAGCACAAAUCGAGGACUUGUUCACAAUCGACAGUCCUCAAGUGCAACGGAGAAAGAUUUUCUGGAAAUGGUAUCUGACCAGAUUAUGCUCAGACCCCGGCCAGCCUUCGUACUGGGAGUAUCUACGAAAAGUUGGGGAAAUGCACACAGGAAAAGUCUUGAUGCAUCCAUUAACAAUAGAGUACAUCCAUAUGAAUGCUUGUCUUGGCUACGUGAAACAGCUACUGUUUGAAACAAUCUCACUGCAUCCAGAGAUGACAGUCAAGUUCAAGUUCGCUCUAAUCAGAUCUAUAAGCAAGGUCUUCUGCAUCCAAAACGAUCUAAUCUCCAAAUGCUACAUAAAUGAAGGCCAGGAGUUCGCAGACGAAGCAUUAAACACGACCAAUAAAGACAAUGCACCACCCAAAGGCAACACGGACAAUGCAUCAACCACCACAGGCACCACAGAUAAUGCGUCAAUCACUACGGGCACCACGGAUACUGCAUCAAUCGCCACGGGCAUCACGGACACAGCCUCGACCACAACCACAGACACAGCCUCAAUCACCAACAGCGAGGUAUCCUCAAUGCCCCAGGACAGACAAAGCCACCCCCAUUGCCUAAUCCCCGGAUUCAACACCUCGAGACCCAACUCAGCAGGGGAUACACAGAGCUCAAUCUCGCGAGACAGAAACGGAAGCGUCGAUCUGGACCGAGUGAUCUCGACAGCCGAAACGGCAGUGUCCUCUGACCGCCCAUCCACCUCCAGCAGUCAUCUAGUCACUCCCAGCGUUGUUCCAAAUCCAUCAGCAUUCGCGUCGCCAUUUGCGGUCGGGCAUAUACAUAACUUCGAGACGAAAAUAUGGUCUUCUGGGAUGAAACAGAAGGGGUCCGGGUACAAGUAA